CUGCAAUUAUGCUGGACAGGCUGCAGAAGCACUGAGCAGUUCUUUCCCAGUUCUUUUGAUUUUUGUUGCCUUUCCAUGAGUUCCUGUCCUGUUUAGAGCUGUGUCUUUUUACUUUUUAUUUGUAGUGUGCAUGGUUCUGAGGACAUUAGAAAAAUGUACUGAAGGUUCACUGUGAGGCGUGGCUAUUUUUGUUAGAAGCUGAUACUUUAGACUGAGCUUUAAGUGGUGCCUCUGGAAGACCUUGGGUUGCUGUGAGAGGGCAGGAUUCUGCAGAGGAAAAAGACAUUUCAGAGGGGCACAAAAGAAGAAGGAACACAAUUAGACAAAGCAGAGGACCUCCCUCCUUCUCAUUCUGCAGCUCCUGCAAGAGCCAGCAACCCAGAAGUACAGUCUAAGCUGCCACAGUAGAUCUUGACCAUUUUAACAGAGUAUCUCUUACCAUCAUCAUGGCCGAGAUUACAGCAGAAGGACAUAUGUCUACAACUACAACAAUAAUAGAUGGUAAGAAUGGAUCCGUUCCUUCAUCAUCCAUGAAAGUGGGCAAGAAAUCAGUUACAGAAGACCUCGUGACAACAUUCAGCUCACCAGCAGCAUGGCUUCUCGUUGUUGCUCUGAUUAUUACCUGGUCAGCAGUAGCUAUUGUAAUGUUUGACUUGGUGGAUUACAAAGACUUGGCAGCUAUAGACACCUAUUCACAACAUUGCGAUGAUCCCUGUUUACCACCUGGAAGAUCUGUUAACAAGCUCAGCACAGAACCACUGAGAAUCAUUCAUGAGACACUGGAAGAAUCUGCUGAUUGGAUUUAUGGCUUUUUUUCUUUACUGUCUGACAUCGUAUGGAGUGAUGAUGAUGAUGACAGUGAUGAAGGUGAAGUGGAACCUUCCAUGAAAAAAGAAAUUCAAAAAGAGGAAACGGAGAGAUACGAAAAACGAACACUGACAAAGGCAAUUCAGAGAGAUAAACCUGAAAAACAAGAAAAAACUGAGAGGAAGGAGCCCCUAAAGGUGACACAUAAAGACAAACUGGAAAGACAAGAAAAACCUGAAAAAAAGGAAAGGCAUGCAGCUAUUCACAAAGACAAACCUGAAAAGCCAGAAAAACCUGAAAAGAAAACACCUACUAAAGGUAAAACAGAUUUAACUCAAAAAGACAAACCUGAAAGACAUGAAAAAGCUGAAAAGAAACCUCCUCCUCCUAAAGAGGAGAAGAAAGUAAAGAGCACUAAAGUGGAAGCAAAACUUAAAAAGGAAGUGAAGGAUGGAAAAGGAGAAACAAAGGCGGCCGAGAAAGUCAAGCAGGCAGAGAUUAAACCAACAGAAACUGGGCUAAUAAAGGCCAAAACGAAAGUUAAGGAGGAGAAAGCUCUUCAGACUGUAACUAAAUCGGACAAGAAAGAUCAAUAUGCGUUCUGUCGCUAUGUGAUUGACAUGUUUGCGCAAGGGGAUUUUUAUCCAGGACAUAAGGAAUUUGUACCACCUCGUCUUCUUCUAGAACACAGUCCAAGAAAGAAACCAGCAGCUGUUGACGAAGAAAAGUCUAUUGUGGUACCCAGAGAAGUGAAAAAGAGAAAAGAGGAAAAGAAGAAGACUGAUGAAAAAAGGAAUAAGACUGAAAUAAAGAUGAAAGGUAUGAGUUGGAAAUGUUUCUCACUGGCCUUAUUCAGCUUUUACUCACACUCCUGGCUCAUUUAUCUUUGUUUUCUGAUGUGUUAA